AUGGCUCAAGGAUACUCUGUCUUCAUCGGCCUCUUCGUCAUCGUGGCCAUGUGCACCGCCGCAUGGCUUCUCGCUCCCAAGGGCGAGAACCGUGUACUGUGGCGCUCAUCCCUCAUCCUCGCCAUCGUCAGCUGCUACCUCAUGUGGGCUAUCACCUUCCUGGCACAACUGCAUCCCUUAAUCCGACCGAAACGACACGAUCUGCGAGAACAAUUUCUAGAGCACUAG